CCCGAACCUAAUUUCGAAAACCUUUAUGUUCCCCUAACACAAUCCUCCACCCAUAAACCUUUUUUGCUCUUGAAAUUUAUCUGUCAUUUUCUGCAGAUUUUGUGUUUCUUAAGACAUGGUGUCCAAAACUGUGAAGAGAACGCCCACAAAAUCCAUCAAGAACAGGAGAAACAUCAACCAGCAGUGCCGCCGUGGCCGGAAGAAGUCUCCGAUCAAGAAUGUUUCCGCCACCGCGUCCGCGGUGGUUGCUUCCAUCAACAAGUCCAUUUAUACUUGCCAACGCCGCCUUAUCAAGAUUUUCACAAAAUUAGCUCGCAUUGCCACCCCAAAGAAGACCCCACAUAAGAAAGGGUACCAAAUCCUUCAAAAAGUCCCUGCCGACCCACCAAAUUCUACCCGCAGAUCACUGUUUAAUGAUAAGAUUCCUCUACCUCUAUUGCUUUCGCCCAAGAAGAAUACUAUUUUUCUCGACUUAGAUGAAACCUUGGUGCAUUCCAAGCCAAACCCACCUCCGGAGAAUUAUGAUUUCAUUGUUAGGCCAGUGCUUGAUGGAGAAAAGGUCGAAUUCUAUGUGUUGAAGAGGCCAUUUGUAGAUGAAUUUUUGGAUUUUUUGAGCCAGAGAUUUGAGAUUGUGGUGUUCACUGCUGGGAUUGAGGAGUACGCCUCGCUCGUGCUCGAUAGGUUGGACUGGAGAUCCCGGAUAUCUCAUCGACUAUACCGAGAUUCGUGCAAGGAAGUUGACGGGAAAUUCGUGAAGGAUUUGUCUGAGAUCGGGAGGGAUCUCGGGAGGGUGGCCAUCGUUGAUGACAACCCGAAUUCAUACAUGUUUCAGACCGAAAACGCAAUUCCAAUUCGACCCUUUGUCGAUGAUCUAGGAGACGGGGAAUUGAAGAAGUUGAUUAAAUUCUUUGAAGGAUGUGAUUCAAUUGAGGACAUGAGGGAUGUUGUGAAGGUUUAUCUUGCUGAUCAAGAAGGGGGUAAGGUGGACGUCUAGUACCAGUUAUUUAUAUAUUUUUUCUUCAUUUUGCUGUAGUUCUCUUUUCUAACCAGCCUGUGUACAAUUUUGAACAUACUGUGUUCAAUUUGAAAUCAGAAAGGAAACUGGGAAUAUCAA